AUGGAACCCCACGAAGAAGUGAACUGUGAUGACCGUUCCCAUCCAUCUCCUCAAGCUCAGCCUACCAGUUUUAAGCCGGUAAUUAUUAGUUUGUAUGGCCUCCCUGGGUCUGGAAAGUCUUUCCUACUGGAAGAACUCAAAACGGUACUCGACAAUGACAAAUUUGCGUUCUAUGAUGGCAGCAAUGUUAUCGCAGCGGUGACUCCUGGGGGUCUUGAAGCAUUCCAGAUUUUGACCAAAGAGGGUAAAAAUGAUGCCCGCGAGCGUGCUAUAGCCAGAGUCAAGCAGGAAUGUUCCAACACCGGGAAAAGUGCUAUAGUGGCUGGGCAUUUCAUGUUCUGGGCCGAGGAAGAUGAGCAUGGCCAGUCAGUUUGUACACCGAGCGAUCUGACUACGUAUACUCAUAUCCUAUACCUAAACUCCCCAGCUGAGCUCAUCGCGGAGUAUCGUUCGAAUGAUGUUAAACGGUGCCGCCAGACUGUGUCAACCUCUCAUCUGGCCAGGUGGCAGGAAAUCGAGCAAAGCCACCUCUGUCAACUUUGCAGAUGCCACGAUAUCCUGUUCACGCUAGUGUCGCCACUAGUAUCCGCCAACAAGCUCGGUUCCAUUGUUGAGGAUUUUCGGAUGCAUACGGAGGACUACAACAUGUAUCUCGCCAACCAAAGAAUGGAAGACAUACUCGCUUCCUCCUCCACGGCGGAAACUGUCAUCAUGAUGGAUGCAGACAAGACGUUGGCGUCGGAAGAUAGCGGAGUUCUUUUCUGGGAGCAGGUCCGCAGUGCUUCAGCUAAGCGCAACCCCUUAAAAGCUUUGUUCAGUAGUCCACUAGGAUAUUCGUACACUGCAUUUCGCCAGGCAACACUGCUGUAUGAAGAGGCUCUUGAUGAUGUGGAGUUUGAGGCCUGUUGCCAGACUGUUUCAUCAAUGAUACACAUGCACAUUGAUAUUAUUGAUCUCUUCUACUUGAUUCGCGAUGCGAGUCAUGUACGUGUGGUCGUGGUUACCUGUGGGAUCCGAUCUGCUUGGGAAAAGGUGCUGAAGGGAAGGGGUCUCACGGUAAUGGGUGAUAUUCGUAGUGACCGCACGAGUGGGUGGUAUGAUGAAUGGCCGACGCACUUGACUGAAUGCUGGAGAUAG